AUGGCGACAAGCCUCCGCGGCGCCAUGAGAGCUUGUGUGGGCUCAAGCAUCCAGAGUCUCUUUUCUUUGCCGUGGUCGGGCCUGGUGUUGUUGCGCCGCUCUGGCUCCAGUAUGGUUGUGCUUGCAGCUGUCCCGCAAAGUUACCGCCGUGCGGGAGACGCGAAGGAAAAAGUCCCCCGUGGGGAAAAAACACAACGGCGUCUGGCAUGGGCAAGAUCAGCACACCCACCCAGCACCCACUUGUUUUUCUCCGCGCCGUCUCGAGAGCCUUUGCACACUGACGAUGAGAUCCCGGGUCAAUCGCGAUAUGGCGUCCUUGGCUGCCCCGACGCGGUUACAUCCACUGUCCAUCCCCCAACAACCACUGCACACGCGCUCUUGGCUCUUCUUGGCCCGUAUCAAGGUCCAGUGGCUGACUGA